AGCUUCAUCAUUUAGGGUUGGUCCGGUAACUGGUUUUUAAUCAAUAUUGAUAUGGUUUAAUCUAAUUUAAUCUAUGUAAAAAUUUUCAAGAUUUGUUGUAAACACUUUGUUUUCUGUCCGGUGAAAUCAAAACAAUGUAAUUUGAAAAGUCAUGCGUAAUUAAGCCAGGUAACCAUUCACAUGUUUACCUCUAGCAUGAUAGUAACUGUAAUUAUUGUAAUUAAUUCUGACAAUGAGUGAAAAUAUGAGUGAAAAUUUUACUACAAUAGUGGAGGCUGUUCCUGAUGUUAAUCACUCUCAUUCGAACAAGCCAAAAAAAGGUCGACCUAAAGGACAAGUAGUCAAAGAAAAUGAAUGGACAUUUGAAAAAUGUAUUCAGUUAUUAGAGAAAAGAAAAGAAAUGGAAAAAGAUUUCAAAAAUAUUUACCAUAAAACCAACGCUUGGAAAAAAUUGAUACAAUCAUUAGGCUGGAAUAACACUCAUAAAGAGGUUUCAAUCAAAUUCAAAAAUAUAAUUUCUUACAGAUCGAAACAGUUGAAAAAAAAUACUGGUGAGGAUGGAGAUUAUACCAAUGAAACUCAGGUCGGGCAGCUCAUGAACCUCGUCAGGUAUUUCACUGACUCUAAUCAUAAAUACAACCCUCCAAAAGUAAUUGAUUCUGGUGACUGUGAAUUAAAUGGUACCUCAAACUGUGAGCCAGUAAUAGUUGAUGAUGUUCAAAAAAAUGUGGAAUUCGAUGGUGAUAAAUGCAAUAAGUACCCAGAUGAGUUCUUAGACUUCAUACACGAUAGAUACAGCCCAGUUCAUACCUCUGAGUCUGAUGAUGUCAAUAUAUCUACUGAAAUUAUCAGCUCAUCGCAGAGUGAGACCUCAAGUCAAAAAUACUCACAGACCUUUAGUCAAAGUUCUGAGACAUCAAGCAAAAGAAAAAUAGACGAUUCCAAACUUGGAGGACAAACUCAAGAGAGAAACAAGAAAAUUAGGAAUAAGACUCAUAGAGAAAUCGCUUUGAUGAAUGAGAAGCACGCGGCGAGACUGACUGAUUUAUUCGGCUCUCUUGUGGAAAUCACCAGAGAAAAUUUCAAGAGGCAUGAUGAAAGAGAAGAAAAAAGAUUGAAAUUGCAAGAAGCGUUUCUCAAGUCAAAAGGAAUUGUUCAUGAAGAGCCAUCGACCAGCAAUGACAAUAACAUUGGAUUAUCAGAUCAAGAAUAAUUUUCCAAUGUAAUGAUCCUGAUGUCC